AUGGAUUCACGCAUUCGACGGAAUGAUUACCUCAACAGGAAGCAACCAAGAAGGAUAAACGCCGAGUUUGAUUCACUUGAAGUUUAUCUCGCGUUAGCUGCAGUGAUCGCAAUGUCUGCCCGGGUUGAUGAAUCACUUAGUACCACGUCAAAAACCCACCAAGAAAUGAUUCCCCUUCCUAAACAGGAAACCCAUCCCUUUAAUGGUCUUGAUUUAUCAAGUCUUUACCAACCCUUUGCUGUACUUAAAAUGUCAAAGCAACCCCUCACUCAUUACAUCACCGUCACCCGCGAGAUUAACGCCCCAAUUGGCGAAGUCUGGGGUCUUGUCGCUGCCUUUGGUGGCGAAAAAGCCUGGUACCCUGGUUGUCUGAAACUCAGUCUUGAGGGUUUUGGAAUCGGAAGCAUUCGUACCUUUUCAUAUGGGUACACAGCCGGAAAGAACAAAGGCAAACGAUACGAUUUCUCCGAGGAGAUGACGGCGUACGAUGCCGACAACCAUUCCAUGACCUUCAGGGUUAGAAGACCCCAUUUCCCAGAUAUGAUUGCUUUUGGUACAACUGUAUUGGAUCCCAUUGGGCCAGACAAGACAUGUUUUCGCUGGAUUGCGGAGGUAAGUCCCGUACCGGAAGAGUAUAUGGGCGCCUUGAAGGAGGAUCUGGAUGAGCGUUUCAAUGGCCUCAUCACGGCCAUAGCUCAACAAGUAGAGUAG